AUGUUACAUCCUAAAGCAGAUGUGGGAAGGCUGUACAUCCCAAGAAAAGAUGGAGGUAGGGGCCUGAUUGAUGUAGAAACAGCAUUCAAAACGGCAACAAUAGGGCUUGAUCACUAUCUGAAGCACAAAGAAGGGCAAUAUCCAAAUCAGGUGCUUGAACAUGAAAGAUCUAAAGCCAAAAAUUCAAUAUCCAAGAAUGCUACUAAAUUCAAAAGGGAAGUAACAAUGCCAGAGAUUCAGAACAGAGAAGAUAAAUCUGCCUCUGAAAAUGCUAAAGCCCUGAAACACGUGUCCAAGAUGAAGUCAAUGAAAGAAGAAAAGUGAAAAAACAAAGCAUUGCAUGGCCAGUAUCCAAAGAUCCUAGAGAAGCCUCAUGUAGACACAGUCACCACCAACAAAUGGCUGUCAAGUAAUUUGAAAGGAGAAACAGAGGGACUACUUGUAGCAGCUCAAGACCAGGCAAUAAACACCAGAAACUACCAGAAAGUAAUAUGUGGCCAGCAAGUGGAGAGCAAAUGUAGAAUGUGUUCGCAACAUGAAGAGACAGUGGACCAUAUUGUAUCUGGAUGUGAGGUAUUAGCCAAAACAGAGUACAUCUCCAGGCACAAUAAUGCUGCAGCAUAUCUCCAUUGGAGCAUCUGUAAAGAUCAUGAUAUAGAGGUUGCAAACAAAUGGUACGAACACGAGCCAGAGACCGUGAUGCAUAAUAAAGAUAACAACAUCACCAUCAUGUGGGACAUGCCAGUCAAUACUGAUAGAACUACAACAGCGAACAAACCAGACAUCAUCGUUAAAGAUUCAGUGAAUGCCACCUGCAAACUGAUUGAUACGACUGUUCCAUCAGAUAGAAAUAUCGCACCGAAGGAAACUGAAUAA